GUAUACUAUGCAGUUAGGAAGUGGCAGUAGGAAAAUGUAUAGUAUAAUAUAUGUAGUGUGAUAUAUCGAAGAUCAGCGUCAAAGCCUAUAGCAUUCGUACGUUUUCUCUCUUUUCUAUGCGUGAUUACUUGAUUAAUGUAUAUGAUGGUCAAGUAUUUGAUGGAAUGAAUAUCCUUAUGUAGAGCCUCACAAAAGUAGUAAAUGGAGUGGUAUCAAAUGCGGCAUGACGUGCUCAUCGCGUUUCAAAAAUGGACCGACUUCGACUGUUGCCCAUGGAAUUGCCAUCUGCUACAAGCAUAAGCAAUAAUGGAAGUGUUAAAGGAAAUAUUAAAAUUUCUUUUGUCAAGAGAUUGGUAGUCGGAUUUGUAAUCUUGGCUGUGCUAGGCCUAUUAUAUGUACCAGCAUAUCAUUCAGCUCAGGGUCCAUUUUUAGGCUUAGGUGAGACUCCAUGCUCUACAGAACCUCUCAGUGGUUCGCACUUGGUAGCCACUGUAGCACAGUUACCUGGUUGGGCAUAUAAUACUUCAAGAGAUGUUAGAAAUUAUAUUCAUCCAGGAAAUAUUACUUCCAUUUUGAAUCCACUUGCUCUUUGUUUACCACCUCCAUAUUUACUUAUAAUUAUUUGCUCGUCAGUGGCAAACUAUAAAGCCAGAAUGGCAAUUAGAAAUACUUGGGCUAAUAAAAAUAAUUUAGAUGUUUUAUAUAAUUCUACAGUUAAAGUUGCAUUUCUUCUGGGACAAAGUGAUAAUGAUACACUCAAUAACUUUAUAAUUGAAGAAAGUUUUCAAUUUAAUGAUAUACUGCAAGAAAAAUUUUUGGAUACAUAUAAUAAUUUAACAUUGAAGUCUGUUAUGAUAUUAAAAUGGGUCACUACAAAUUGCGAAGAAGCUAAAUUUAUUAUGAAAACAGAUGAUGAUAUGUUUGUAAAUAUAAAUCUUUUGAUGAAAACCUUGCAAGCAAGAACACAGUCUAAAGGUGUUUUACUGGGAUCUCUUAUUUGUAAUGCUAGACCAAUAUCAGACUCGAAAAAUAAAUGGUAUAUGCCAAAAUAUAUGUAUCCUGAAAAGGUUUAUCCUAACUAUCUAUCAGGUACAGGAUAUGUUAUGAGUAUUGAUGUAGCUUUUAAGUUAUAUCAGGCAGCUUUGAUAACACCUCUACUUCAUUUAGAAGACGUUUAUAUUACGGGUCUUUGUGCAAAGCAUGCAAAAAUACGUCCUAUUAAUCAUCCAGGUUUUAGUUACGCGCAAAGAAAAUUGGAUCCUUGUAUACUUAAUAACUCCAUAACUACACACAAAAUUAAUGCAUCUACUAUGUAUACAAUAUGGAAUAAAAUGAAUAAUAAUACGAAUAUAUCUUGUAAGAAACGUGCUCGUACAGGUAAACAAGUCGUUAGCUUAAGCAGAAAUGGUAGAAAUGUUGGUUAUUACAUGGUGAAAAGAAGAGCUGUUAAUAGAUGUGUUUAGCACAUCUGAUUAGAGCAUAAUUGGAAACAUCGGUAUUAUCUCAUGUAUCGUACUGUAUAUAAAAACAACAUGCA